CACCAAUGUAGACCGCAUUAACCUAAGAGCAUGAAGCGUCGACUGUUCUCGACGCUGAGUGUUUUGCGUCAUGAGAAUCCCUUGGGGCUACCCCGGAAGGGUACGCCACCACAGUUACCACGUAUGCAGCGCGGCUUGCCAGAGAGGAGGAGCAUCAAAGAUGUGAAGAAGGUAAUCGCUGUUUCAUCUGCAAAAGGAGGAGUGGGAAAGUCCACCAUAGCCGCGAAUCUUGCCUUGUGUUUCGCGCAGAAGGGAUUAAGAUCAGGAAUACUCGAUACGGAUAUUUUCGGGCCGUCCAUCCCAAGUCUGUUCAACCUAUCUGGAGAGCCCAGGUUGUCAUCCAAUAACCAACUUCUACCUUUGUCAAACUAUGGUGUGAAGUCCAUGUCCAUGGGCUACUUGGUUAACGAAUCUAGUCCCGUGGUAUGGCGUGGCCUUAUGGUAAUGAAGGCACUCCAACAGCUUCUUCAUGAGGUUGAAUGGGGUGGUCUCGACGUUCUUGUGCUUGAUCUGCCACCAGGCACAGGCGACGUCCAACUUACCAUUACGCAGCAGGUGAAGCUAGACGGCGCUGUCAUAGUCUCGACUCCUCAGUCACUUUCACUAAAAGAUAGCGUGAAGGGCAUCAACAUGUUCCGUACAGUAAAUAUUCCAAUUUUAGGAAUGGUACAGAAUAUGGCGCUCUUUCACUGCAGCAAAUGCGGGCAUGAAGAGCAUAUUUUUGGCUAUGACGGAGUUAAGAAAGUUUGUGAAGACUUAAACAUAAAAUUCUUAGGGGACAUACCCUUGCAUGGGAAUAUUUCAAGCGAUACAGACAAAGGAAAGCCGACAGUGGUGGCGGAACCGGACAGCGCAAGAGCAAAGGCUUUUCGAGACAUCGCGUCAAAGGUCGCAGAAGAGGUUGGAUUGUAAAACAACGAUUCACAAUCUUUGUAUUCAGACGUCUUGUUCAUAGAACAAUGUGAACACAGGAGGCAACUUAACCAAUCAUCUUUUUGUCUUCAUUAUAGUCGCGAUAUUCGAAUAUAUGAGGAUUUUGCUCAUCCCG